AGUGACCAAUGUCAUGUCCAAUUUAUUAAAAUGAUUAGCCUAUUAAACAUAAAAUACCUAAAUACUGUACCUAGCUUAGUUAUUUAGCUUGUAAUUUAAAAUCAAGACAAAUGUCCAACAGUAUCACAGCACUGUCUAUUUUUAUACGGAAAAUCUUUUUAUUUUGUCUCAAGAAAGAGACCUGACGGGUGCUUUGCCUGCAAUUCAAGGUUGCUAAUGGAACUUGGUUUCGCUGAUUGAUUAAUGAUUGAAAAAAAUUCCAAUGACAAGAGGAAUUAAUCAGAGAAGAUAACAAAGCUCUGUAUAUUGAAAUGAGUCGAAAGUGCAAAACCGCACCACAGGUGAUAGCAGUUGAUGAUGAUAUUGAUGACGUGGAAGUUGUGUUUACCAACUUAGACAAAACACAUGUUUACCGCAACCUAAUGCAACAGAAAAUAUCUCAAGAAUUAGAACUCCUUCAGGUGAUGAGUAAACAAUCAGUGCCGACAACCUUUGUCAUGUUCAAAGAGCUAGCAAGAAAGCUGGAUUUUCAAUAUGGAGACGAUGUUAUAGCAUCAGCCUGGCAAAGGAUUGUUAAAAAAAUUUCAGUGAAAUUAAGUAAUACACUAAAUAAUCAAUCACCUCUUGGCCUUUUAAGACACCUCCGAUUUUCUCCCCAAGGAAAUAUUUCUGCUCCCUCCUCUUUUAUAACAUCUACAACAACUUCCCCUUCACCUUCCUUGUUCCCUUCAAUAUCAUCACCCGUACCUGUUGCUCUGAUUGCGAGUCAGCAAGUUGGUACAAGGACAAAGUGCUCCAAAAAUAUCCCAAACUUUGUUCAUACAAUAGUAGUUGAUGAUGACGCAAGUGAACCGCCAAAUAAUAUUACUUGUAACAAACGAGAAGUGAAAACGCAAAAAAGAAAAUCUAGUCAAUUAGACACAUUAGCUAAAAGUGACAAUACGGUUUCUAGAGAUGAACAGUCAUGUACUGAUUCAGACAUUUCAAGAACUGGUGGUGGUAAGUACAUUAUAGGAGAGUCAAAUAGAAAUGAAAGUAGUCUUUUAAACACACCAUCUACAAACUCUUGUGAUAGUGCAACUUCUAAACAAAGUCCACCAGGUGUUGAAAAUAAGUUGACAAAGAUGAGUCGUAAAUCUUCAAGUAAGCAGUCCGUGUCACCCGAAUCUUCAAAGUUGACAAAGAAGAGUCGCAAAUCUUCAAGCAAGCAGUCGGUGUCACCUGAAUCUCCAAAAUUGACGAAGAAGAUCCGCAAAUCUUCAAGCAAGGAGUACUUGUCAGCGGAAUCUCCAAUACCAUCAGAGUCUAAAAUUGCAGAAAACCACGUCGGAGUCAAAGCUAAAAUUAUCAGGAAGAAACAGACUUCUUCUUCAAACUCCAAAAAAAAGCUCAGUCCAAACAACAAGAUGAGUGAUGCUGACUUUAAAAAGUUUAAGGCUGAACAAAAGCGUUUAAAACUUGAACAGAAACGAGAAUUUGAAAUUGAACAGUUACAAAAAGUGCAUGAUAGAUUAGUUGAUGUUAUAAUUCCUAAGUAUUAUGGUAAAGUUCCAGAUGAGAAAGGUUGAUAAUACUGUUUUUUUUUCAUGUUGUUUUAUAAUUGGAGUAGUUUAUUCUACUUUUUGCUAAUACGGCUGAAUAUUCAAAUAAAAUUAGAGUAUGUAUAGUUAUGACUGGGUAGCUGAGUAAUUGUAGUGCUUUCCUAGCAAUCAAAAGGAUGCCAAAUGUAGAUCCUGAGAAAAGUAGCUUUUUGAUGGUUUGAAACUGGACCUAGCUGUUCCUGAUAUGACUGGGAUGGUGGUGUCGUCCUGUAAUCCAGCUACUAGGAGGUAAAAAAUGCUCAAGUAAAAAAAAUGUCAAAGGUAAAAAAUUUCAUGCGUCAAGCAUGACGUCACGAUAGAAGACGGCAAUGACGUAAUGUUUGCCGUUUGUGAUCAGCUGCUUUUUUAAAUCUUUCCUUGGAAAAUAAAUAAAUAAAUACCUACGUCAUUGCCGUCUUCUAUCGUGACGUCAUGCGCCGAGCAUUACAGCCUGUUUUUUAGUGUGGCCUUGACUUAUCUCAAUUGGUAAAGAUAAUUUGCCUCACCAACCUUUUUUAAAUUGAGAAUAAAUAUUUUAUGUCAUUUUAUUUUUACUGUGUAAGGAAUAUGAUCUAAUUUUAUUCUUUUUUGUCUUAUCAUUUGAACUGUAAUGAUACAGUUCACUCAGUAUAGGAGGACAUACAUUAUUUCUUCGGUGAAAUUCAAGUUUUACUUGGCUGUUUGUUCUCGUCACAAGUUAAUGAGUUUGGUUCAUGUGACAAGUUAAUGAGUUUGAGUUUGCUCCAAUGUAAUGAAGGUAGAAAAAGAAUUGAGUUCAUUUUGGUUAAGUUACAGCUUUGGAAGAGGCAUGGCUUAGCAUUUCAUUCUCAGUUUCUUACGUUAAUCAUACUUUUAAGAUUCAUCAUUGUUCUCGGAUGCUUUGUAUUUUAUUUAUUAACUUAUUUUGCUUUUUCCUUGUCGAAGGUGUUUGGUUAUUACCUAGAUAAUUGUUCUGUUUUCUGGAAAGUUUAUUUGCUUUUAUUCAUCCUAUUUUGCAGCUGCAUCAUAUACAGUGUGCGGCAAAAAACCCAUAAAAGCUGUUGUUCUAAAGUUGUUAAUCCACCACAUGAUUGUGCUACUUGACGGAAUCCACGUCGCCCUAGUUAAAAGAAUGUAUCAAACUUCCGCUUGGUUGCAUUGACUGAAUCAUAAUUUUUUUUAAUUCGUCUCGAUAACAAACGCACGUUGCUCAGGUGACCACUGCUUUAUGACCACAGAUAAGGGCAUCGUGUAGGCUUUCCAACGAGCCUUAAGACAGUGACACACUAUCAAUAUUUUCCCCGAUCAAGACCCCGAACCGAACAGGGAGUCCAGACGGCGACCAGACAUCAGGCCGAGCAGGGAGACAAGCACUCUGGGGGGUUUUUUUUUUGAGAAGGAUCAAAGAAAAGAUCGUUCCGAUGUACGAUAGUGUGUCACGGUAUAUUUUUGCGGUAUAUUAGCGUUGACAUUUCUAAUUUAAUAUGGCAAUUAAACUCUUGGUCAAAUAAAUAAAUGUUGGGUAAUGUUUUGCCGUUAUAUAUUAUAGGCAUUGUAAUUUUGUAAUACUUUUGGUCAAGGUUGAAAAUGUAUUUUACAAGUUGAAACCACUAAAUCAUUCAAUAAUGUUAAACCUGAAUCAAGUAAUAGAUGUUAUGCUUAAAUUCUUUCAAAAUUAAUUUAAACAUUAAUAUUAUUAAAGGCAAUUAAAAUGAUAAUUCUGUAACAUGUUAUUUCAUGUUUUAUUACUGGUUUAAUAUUACUGCCUCCGCUCUCUCACUCACACAAGCUCUCUAUAAACUCCCUUUUACCGCGCUCGGUAGAACUCGUCUGGUCUUCGUCUUGUUCAGGCAAAUGUUCGGAUUGAAAUUUCUUUGAUAUAUACCUCCCUUCUCCCUGCUCAGUUCGGGGUCUUGAUCGGGGAAAAGAUUGAUAGUGUGUCACCGCCUUAACCCCACCACUCUCAGACGACCUGUCACUGAACAGUGCGCUGCAGAAAAUAGAUUGUUUUUUUGCCGCACCCUGUAAUUUUGUUAAUGUUCAUGGUUUGCAAAUCUUAACGACUAUCACAGUGUAAGCUAAUUAAUUAUGUUGUUCUACAAGCUAUUAGGGAGCCAUUCGAUAUGAAUGAAUAACAGGGAUUUUAAACAAAAGUUGACAAUAAUAAAGAGCCCUAGUUUCAUAAAGAUAUUUUUUUAACAUUGUUUUCCAUAGAAAAUGGAGUUUCCAUUGACAAAUAAAUAGUUUAUCUUUGUUAACUACAGAAGUUUUAUUUUCAAAAAAAGUUGUAACCAUGUAUGUGCUUAUUGUACU